GUGCAUAGACAAGUCAGACUUCAUUUCGUGCAGGGGUGAUUCAGAGGCGGGUCAGCACUAGACUGUCUGUAACACUGCCGUCCGAUUUGUGCCUUACAGUUAGAAGACAGACAGGUGAAGAUGGCAGCAACAAGCGAGAUCGCCAUUCCACAGUGUGCAGAAGACAUCGCCCCCUGCUGGGUGCAGCAGGUACUGCAGAAGGACCUCCCGGGCAUCUCCAUCACGGACGUCCAUGUCAAGGGAUCUGUCAACCAAGGCGAGGGGUACACGAGCGAUAUCGUCGCUUUUGAUGCCGUGGGGAUCAGGAAUGGUGUGAGUCAGCGCUACAGUCUCGUCGCUAAGCUGACAGAUUUCGAGCGCCCGCUAACGAUAAUUAAAGAUUGGUCAAAGGACUUUCAGAUCAAAAUGGAGACGACUGAAGUCGAGUUUUAUUCCAAAGCGGUCCCCGACUUCCUCUCUGUGGCAGUCCCAAGCACGGAGAUCAAAUCGAAGCCAGGAAACGAAGAUAACGAAAAUCACCCUGCUGAUUCCUUCAAGUUCCUCCCAAAAUGCUACUUCGCCGCCACCGAUCCGAGCUCCAUGGUGUCCGUCAGGGUUAUGGAGAACCUGAAAAGUCAGGGCUUCUCCAUCAAAGCCAACCGCCAGCUGCUGAGCCGUGAGGAGAUGAUGCUUGCAGCCGGGGCGCUGGCGCAGCUGCACGGCCUGUCUCAUCGGCUGGAGCUCCGCGAGGGCGUCCCUCUUCCCGAGAAGUACGACUGGAUCAUGACCCAAUCAGAUAUUUCAGAUGAGAUGAUGGAUCGAGUAACCUACCAGUAUCAGAUCGCCGUGAAGGCAUUCGCCGCUGCCUUUCCUGACCAGGUCGAUCUUGUAGCUCGUCUGGAGAAGUUAGAAUUGAAGGAGCUCCUCCUAAAUGAGGGCCUGAGCUCGAGGCUAAAGGUUGUCAACCAUGCAGAAUGUUGGAUCAAUAACAUCAUGUUUAAGUACACUGAAAGUGUGCCCACUGAUGUAAAGCUUGUGGAUUGGCAGAGUCCAAGGUACCUGCCGCCGACCUAUGACCUGACCCUCCUGUUCCUUUGUAACACGAGUUGGGACGUCUUUCACAACCACAGGGACGCCAUCCUGGCUCACUACCACCACAAACUGAUGGAGACCCUGGAUCCAAACGAAUCCUCGGGCUUACAGAGCUACACACUGGACCAGCUGAAGGCAGACUUCAAAGCCGACUGUGUGGAAGCGGUGUGGGGCCGCAUAUUCCGUUUGAUGGUCCUUCCUGCGGGUCCAGAUCUGCUGAAGAUUCUCCAGGAGAUCCAGGAGUGGGGAGUUAUCUAAAUGUACACAUUUCUAGGGUUUUUUUUUUCUACAAAAAUUUAGCAUGAGGGAGCAGAUCGCAAGCAUGACGAGGGAGCGAAGCAACGUUAACCAAGUUUUUUAAU